GAAAAGUAACUGACUGUUGUUGGGGCUGAAUUUCUGAUGAGCUACUUUCUAAUAUACUCAUAGUAAAAACACAGUCAAGCUACUAAAGAUUGCCUUAAUACCCUUUAUAAAGUAGUGUGCCUGCACUGACCUUCGUAGUUGAAAAUAGGCUGUGCCUCAACAUUAUCCUAUUUUUGUUACAGCAUAUUCUAGUCAAGACUGUACUUUUUUAUAGUACCUAGUAUUGCAAAUAGUGUGUAGCAGAGUGAUUAUAAUUGAAAUCAACUAUCACCUCUAUGGAUGCCUCAUUUAUCUUUCCUCCUUUUCUUGCUCUUCGAUCCAGUUCACAUGCAUGCACUCAUCACCUCUCUGUCCUUUUCUCUCCUUUUGCCCACCCUGCAGUCCUCAUGUCCAAGCACACACACCCCCGCAGCUCCCUAAGAUAGAGCCCCCUCUAUUAGAGACCCCCCCUUUGGUGUUUCCACCCGUGGACCCCACCUCAGGUCCCAGACUGGUGAAAUGUGAGAGGUGGCCCCUAUUUGGGCGCCAAGACCCCCGGGAGCCCCCAGACCCUGUUGAUUAUGAGAGCAUUUUUCCUGACUUGGAGAAUGAUGACAUGUUUGCCAGGAGAACCCUGGCCUUCCAGGCCAACACAGACUUGGCUAUGAUAAAGACUCCACCAAAACAUCGUCUCUACUCAUCUGAACCACAACUCAACAUCGUGACUCAACAACACGGCCGUGGCUGCACAGAGGAGAGCGAUUUCCCAGAUAUCGAAAAGGACGAUGUAGUUUAUCGUAAGGAGAAAACCGAGCAGGCUCAGCAGCAACGGCCACUCUCAGGAGCCCCUGACAACUAUGCCCCAAUGCCCAUCCCAGAGCCGUGGGGUCUGCCUCCUGAUCUCAAAGCCAGACUCCUGUGCCCCCCGUGUCCUCUGACCCAGGAGACAACGGCAAAUAAAAAUCAGGUUGACAGCAAGACACGUCCUAAAACGGAUGACAUGCUUGUCAGGAAACUUGGACUUUGCUCUGAGGACAGCCUGAGCACACUGAGAGGCCCAUCAGCCAAUCAGAUGACACCCUCUGUACCUUCUUCCUGCAGCGAAGGGGACCUGCAGAAAUGGCAGGCUAUCAGAGAGGCCAGUCAACUAAGAUAUAAGAAGAGGCUUAUGGUGGAGAGGCUGGCUGCUCUAAAGUUGUAAAAACAAAAUGGUGCAGCAGUGCCUGUUUUUCCUUUUUACUUUGCAGACUUUUCUUUUGUGUUUUUAUUGUAAGUGCCAUUUCAGUCUGAUGGUGAAGUGGUCUAGACUGCUUGUUGUUUCAACUUGUAAAUGAUCGGUCUGAAGAUCACUGUCAUAGGUGGGUGUUCUAUCAAAUUAAGCGCUUGUUUAUGAACUCAUAGGUGCCUUCAGCAUUCACUGGGUCAGUUUUGAGUUUUUCAACACAAACUGUAAUGUAGGAGCAACAAUACUUCAGGACAUUUUCUUGUAUUAGAUGUGUGUCGUUACGGUAACAAAAAACUGGGAUGAAAAACCUUAUAACAUUUAUGUCAGGCCAUUGUUGAUGGUUUUCUGCAUGAUGGUGAAAUGGUUAAUUUUGCACAUGGUAUAUAAAUGCUGAGUGGAAGGCUAUUGAACAUAUUGCUGGUGUGUUUUUGAAGAGUAUUUUUUGAACAAAACAACAGAAACCUCCAACAUCCUCCCUCGGUACUUCAUGAGCAUUGAUAAACAGACCCGAAUCCUGCAUUUGAUUUUGGUUUUAAUUUUCCAUCUAACUUGGCUGUGAAUGGGGAAAAUAUUUAAGCUCAAUAAAGAAAAUAAGAGA